AUGGCGGCCUCAGUUUACAGCAGCCUGCUUAUCCACCUUCCUAUCUCCCAACAAAGCCAUGGUAAUGUUUUUGUUUCAACAAGGUUAGCUUUGAAAUCUGCUAUCCCAAAUGCACAUCAGAAAUCGGAACAGAAAAUCGCUUCAAGGCCGAGAGCUGUUAAAGCCAAAAUGGAGGUUGAACUUGAAAGAGAAGGGCGAUUUUAUCUCGGUAUGGAUUUUGGUACAUCGGGCGCACGCAAAACAGGUGAAUGUUUGUGUGAGCCUUUCCUCUACAACCAGGCUUGUCCAGAGGCUUUGCCGAUUGUUAAGGAAAUCGCUCCCCCUAACCACACGGUUUGCUCCGGAUCGUCUACACUGUGUAAACUCGUCUCGUGGUGGAUUUCAUGUGAUGCCCCUAAUUUUUCGGCCGUAUUAAUGCAUCAAGCUGAUUGGCUGUUGUGGCUUCUUCAUGGAAAGCUCGGAGUCUCUGAUUACAACAAUGCUUUGAAAGUUGGUUAUGAUCCAGAAAUCGAGUCUUAUCCUAAGUGGUUACUCUCUCAACCGUACUCAAGAGUUUUACCUCUUGUGCAAGCUCCUGGGACCACCAUUGGCACUAUGAUGGAGAAUAUCCGAACGCAUUACGGCUUUUCAAAGAAUUGUAUUAUCUGCACAGGAACCACUGAUAGUAUAGCAGCCUUUCUUGCAGCACGUGCCACGGAACCUGGAAAAGCUGUUACUUCUUUGGGUUCAACACUCGCGAUUAAGCUACUAAGCACGAGCAGAGUAGACGAUGCACGUUUUGGCGUUUACAGCCACAGACUUGAUGAUAAAUGGCUUGUGGGAGGAGCUUCGAACACAGGAGGAGCUGUUCUCAGGCAGAUCUUUACGGAUGAUCAGCUCGUGAAACUAAGCCAACAUAUAAACUCAGAAAAACCCUCUCCUUUGGAUUAUUAUCCCCUAGUCCUUACUGGGGAAAGAUUCCCUGUGGCAAACCCGAUAAUGGAACCAAGGUUGCAACCUCGUCCAGAAAGCGACGUUGAGUACUUACAUGGUAUUCUAGAGUCCAUCGCUCGAAUUGAGGCAAAAGGGUACAACUUGUUAAAGGAACUUGGAGCCAACCCGCCAGUAGAUGAAAUAUUUACUGCUGGUGGCGGAUCGAAAAACGAGAAAUGGAUCGAAAUACGAGAGAGGGUUCUUGGCCUGCCCGUUCGGAAGGCUCUUCAAACCGAGGCUGCUUAUGGUGCUGCAUUGUUGGCCAUGAAAGGUGCUUCAAUAUAA